UGGCUGACAGACAGAAGAGCACGGCAGAUAACUCGAAACAAAAAAAAAAAGUUGGUGUCAAGAUGUUCAAGAUUUACAAAACUAAGGAUGAGCAACCUAUUGCUCCUGGUCAGGUAAAAAUUAAGAAGAAAUCAAGGGUGCCUGGAGUUAUGAUCACCCAGUACACGGAGGAACUACCCCAAGGCAUGACCACUCCAGAUUUCACUCGCAAACCUAUCGCUCUCACGAUCCAAGAAGGAAAACUGGCCAUCUUCAGGGCAAUUGUUACUGGAAACCCAGUCCCAGCUGUCACCUGGGUGAGGAGUAAUGGGGAAAUUGAAGAAGAAAGACACAAACCUGUAUUUGAUGCCAUGUCUGGUGAACAUCAACUGCAGAUGCCUAAUGUAUGUGUGGAUCAAGCGGACACCUACAAAUGUUACGCAAGAAAUGAAUAUGGAAAAGCAGUUGUAACUGUAACACUCAACGUCAUUGAAGUUGGCUAUAAAAAGAACAAAGCAAUGCAACAAUCAAGAACAGCUAUCCGGGAGUUACCCGAAGACUUUAAAAAGACUUUAAGAAGCACGACAUUUAUAGAGCCUAAAGAAGACGUAAAGCCAGAGAUCGAUGACAAGUUCUGGGAGCUGUUACUGAGUGCAGACAAGAAAGAAUAUGAGAACAUUUGUGCUCAAUAUGGUAUCACUGAUUUUCGUUGGAUGCUAAAGAAACUAAAUGAAAAGAAGCAUGAGAGGGAGCAGGAACAAGAAAAAGUUGUUGAAAAACUCUGUAACCUGAAACCCAUUGAACUGAAACCAAGUGGUGCAGCAGAGUUCGAACUUGAAAUGUCACUCAAAGACCCCAACAGCAAAAUAUUUUUGUUUAAGGAUGGAGUGAUGGUUCCUUUUGAUGUGGACACAGAAGCAAAACAUGGACUUAAGCGAGUGGGAAAGAGAUUUGUGUUCAGCAUAAACGGUGUUAAUCCUGAAGAUGCAGGAAUGUACCAACUAGAAAUUGAUGGAGUUAAAAUCUUUUCAACUGAAUUAAAAAUUCCAAUUGUAGACUUCUUGGUUAAGAUUCAGGAUGUGCAAGCACAGGAACGAGAAGAUGCUGUGUUUCAGUGUGUCCUCUCUCACCCAAUGAAGAAAAUCUCAUGGGUGGGCAAGAAUAAUCCACUGGAGCAAGGAGACAAAUAUGAUAUAACUGUAUCAGAAGACAUGCUGAUUCACACUUUGGUGGUGAAGGACUGUCUGCUUCUGGACAAAGGAAUCUACGCAGCCGUGGCUGGAAUUAAGUCCUGCAAUGCCUGGCUUUUAGUGGAGGCUGACAAGGAUCCAAACAUGGCUGGAAAGAAGAAGGCCCGUAAGACGACCCGUGCAGGCGGUGGUGGAGAUGAUCUACUCAGGAUUGCCCAGGAGCAACAGGAAAAGUUACAAAAAGAGAGAGAGGAAAUGAUUGCAACAAAGAAAAGAGCAGAGGAGGAGGAGGAGGAGGAGGAGGAGAAGGAGGAGGCAGGAGCCAAUGAAGUAAGAAAUGAAACACCUGAAUGUGAGCCUAAACCAGAACCAAGCGUUCAAUCUGAAAUCCAACCAAAGAAAUUGUCGCCAGUAAAAGCAGAACCAAAAGUAGAAGUGGCAGCAGAUUCCAAAAAAGUAGCUAUACCAGAACCUACAGUAGUAGAGCAAGAAGAGGAGAACAUAUUAAAACCAGAAGAACUUGUACCAGUAAAUGAGGAGAAAAGUACUGGUAGUGCUGAAGAAGAGGAGCCUGUUCAAGAAAAAAGAAAAAGAGUGAGAACAGGCCCGCUUGUUCCAGAAACUGCUGUUGACCCAGUGGUUUACUUCACCAGUGGUCUGUCGGAUGUAACUGCUAUCAUCGGCACGGAUGCAGAACUGCUCUGCAAGCUCAGCAGUGAGAACUGUGAUGCUGUAUGGUACAAAGAUGGAAAAGAGAUAACAGAAGCAGACAAUAUUGAUAUAGUUACAGAUGGAACUUAUCGCAAACUGAUUAUCAAAAACUGCAGAGAGGAUGAUUCUGGAAAGUAUAAAUGUGAAGCUGAUGGGCGUAAAACUGAAGCAGUGCUAAAUGUUGAAGAUCCUCCAAGAAUCAACCCCAAUGACCUUGCUGAGUUUAUGAAACCCAUUAUGAUCAAAACUGGAAAAGAUGCUGCCUUCAAGCUACCAUUUGUUGGUCGUGAACCCAUGAAAAUCCAGUGGUACAAUGACAGCGAAGAGCUUAUGGAAGAGAACAACAUCAAGAUAGAAAAGUCUUCCUCACAUAGCAGACUACUGCUAACCAAAUGUCAGCGCAGAACUAGUGGCGAAAUUAAGAUUAAAAUAAAAAAUGAAUGUGGAACAACUGAGGCCAUCACACAACUUAUUGUAUUAGAUAAACCAAUGCCUCCUCAGGGUCCAGUGGAUAUAAUUGAAAGUUCUUUUUCUUGCAUUGAGUUCAAAUGGAGACCUUGCAAAGACAGUGGUGGAUGUCCUGUGACCAACUACAUUCUCGAGCGCCAGCAAAUUGGUCGCAACAGCUGGACAAAGCUGGGCAAGAUUGGCCCAGAGACUAAAUACAGAGACACAGAUGUGGAUCAUGGCAGAAAAUACUGUUACCACAUCAGAGCUGAAACGGAUCAAGGCGUCAGUGAAAUGAUGGAAACUGAUGACAUACAGGCAGGGACAAAGGCCUAUCCUGGACCUCCAUCUACACCAAAAAUUGUUGGCGCUUUCAAAGACUGUAUCAAUCUCGCUUGGACUGCACCAACAAAUACAGGUGGAACAAAUCUUUUGGGAUACAAUGUGGAGAAACGCAAGAAUGGCAGUAAUUUGUGGAACAUUGUCAACCCACCUGAAGAGCCCAUCAAAGGAAGACAGUACGGAGUAAAAGAUGUUGUUGAAGGUAUUGAGUACGAGUUCAGAGUAUCAGCUAUCAACACGUCUGGUGUUGGUGAGCCAAGUACACCCUCUGAAUUUGUAAUAGCAAGAGAUCCAAAGAAACCUCCUGGUAAAGUCGUUGACCUCAAGGUGACAGACUCUACAUACACUACCUUGUCACUGAGCUGGACAAAACCCUCAGAAGAAGAAGGUGUCCAAGAUGAGGCCAAGGGAUACUUUGUGGAACUUAGACCAGCAGAAACCCCAGAAUGGGAUCGCUGUACCUCCAACCCGAUUGUCAUGACUUCUUUUAAUAUUGUGGGUCUGAAGUCUAUGGCAAUGUAUUGGGUAAGAGUUAUAGCUACCAAUGAGGGUGGAGAUGGCGAGCCUCAAGAGUUAGACAACUACAUCAUCGCAAUGCCUCCCCCAGUAAGACCUCAAUUCACUGACAGAAAAAUGAAGAACUUUAUGGUAAUAAGAGCAGGGAACUCUGCUCGAAUCAGCUUCAACUUUAAGGCAUCUCCAAUGCCAACAAUAACUUGGCUAAAGGAUGGCUUGCCACUACCCAAAUAUGUGACAGUCAGCAACACAGAUACAUCAUCACAGUUGAUGAUCCCCUCUUCAGAGCGCCAUGACACAGGAAUAUACACCAUCAUUGUCAAGAACCUUGUUGGUCAGGAGACCUCCAGUGCUGAGCUAAGAGUCACAGAUGACCCCAAGCCUCCAGGCCCUGUAGAGCUGGUGGAGAACGUGUCAGGGACAGUCACAGUUUCAUGGACUCCCUCUCCAGAUGAGAAGAAAGACAACAGGCUGCACUAUGUGGUCAACAAACAUGAUUCUCUUAAGUGCUCUUGGCAAGCUGUGGCUGAUCAUCUCUUCAACAACAAGUUCACUGCCAUAAAUAUCAUGCCCGGAAGGCAAUAUAAGUUCCGGAUCUACGCCAAGAAUGACAUGGGUCUUUCUAAACAUUCAGAGUCUGGAACCUGGGAAGUGCACAAGAAGAAAGAGAAGUUUUCUGUGACACUUCCCACCUCCAAGAAUUGCAGUUUUGAGAUGCCUCCAUCAUUUUCUGUUCCACUAAAAAUGCACAAAAGUCCUGAAUGCUACGAGUGCUACAUGAGUUGUGCUGUGGCAGGAAACCCAAGACCAUAUGUUACUUGGUACAGAAAUAACAUCAGCCUGAACACCAACACUAACUACUACAUCACCAACACAUGUGGAGUCUGCUCCAUGCUGAUCCUCAAUGUUGGGCCCAAGGACAGCGGGGAUUAUACGGUUGUUGCAGAAAAUCCCCUGGGUCGAGCGGAGUGUUCAACAAAACUUGUUGUUGGAGAUUAA